AUGCCGUCUCCUAGCAAACCAGAUAUCUCAGUCAAGGACAAGCAUGACGCUGUCCUCGUCGCUCGGCGCCACAACGCCCACAUUCCCAUCGCUCGUCUCCCCGCCGACGCCCUCACACUUAUCUUCGGCUUUGCUGCCUCGUCCAAUCCCUUGAUCGGACUUGUGCGCGUAGGGCGUCGCGCCUUUCAACCGCCCGAACAACAUGCUACUGUCCUCCGAUGGAUGGCGAUUACCCACGUCUGCUCCUUCUGGCGCUCCGUGGCGCUGGAGGAUUCGCGCCUCUGGUCUGAAGUCCCGUCACGGCUACGUACAUCUUCGACCGAAGAGAUACUCCGUCGCAAUGGGCAGCGCGGCGGCCUGGUCUAUGAAUAUGUCGAUGUGAUCCCAAGUGACCCUCGACGGGCGCAGAGAGCAGACUUACUAGAACGAAGUCUAUCUCUCGUCGAGGAUCUACGAAUGCACCUCGAAGGGAGCGCGACAGACUUCGCGCGCGUAUUCGGGAGCGCGGCACCUCAGCUUCGUGCGCUACAUGUCUACACAGACAUAACAGAAAUGAGAAGACGGUACCAGCUUAUCUGGCCCGAUCGGCUCUUCGCCGGACAAGCACCACUUCUUCGUACAGUUGAUCUACGAGUCUUAAAAUACCACUCGCUGGUGCCGGACUUUCUAUCAUCGAUCCACGAUUUCCUCCACUGCCUUACAACUCUCGUCGUCGAUAUUGGACCACAUGAUUUUUACGACUUCCCUUCUUUACACGCGGCGCUGUCCAGAUCUCGCAACCUCGUGAACCUCGUCAUUAAUGGCAGCUUCCCUAGGCUUUCAAUGAGCCCCUUCCACUCGGAACUAGGUUCACUUGACUUCCCUCAUCUCAAGGCAUGCCGCAUCGAAGGACCCAUUCAGGACACAGGCACCCUUGUGGCCAUGAUGCAGAUCCCAGAAACAUGCCGGCUUGGCAUUCGCUGUUCUACCGACAGUUACCUUCAGACCCGAGCAUAUCCGCUUUCACAGGCGCUUUCGGAGCGUUUUGCUCGCGUACGCACAUUGGAGAUCGCCGGGCGGAGUAUGCCUCAUCUUCACAACUCCAUCGCGGGCUGGCGAGCAUCCUCUGCUCAACUACUCACGGAGGACUACGCGCCGGUCUCUCCUCUCGAUGGACAUCGCCGUCCGAGGUUAUUGCCAGAUAUCGAACUAUCAUUCGACGUCGACCCGACGAACAAUGACCCCUUCACCUUUUCCCGUCUCCUCCAACACCUCUCACCGUCGUUCUCGGGAGUCGAGAACAUGUCCUUCCGCAUAUCUGAUAAUAACACCAGCCUGCGGGAAAUCUUCAUUCAGAAUCCUAGAUGGAGCGAUAUCGGUGCGACGUUUCAGUCGCUGCGGUGGUUACGCGCGGACCGGGGCGUGGCCGAGAGCAUCCUGCACAGGCGCAGUGAGGCGAAGGAUGCAGACUUCGUCCUGCCAGCCUCUCUUCAGCAUCUGGCUUUGAUCGGCGUGCAAUGGCACACGGAGAUCACGUCGGACGAGUACCGGCAUCAAGAGAGGUCUCUACGGCGUCUUCUCCAGACGGACGAGGACACGACUGGGGCGAUACGUCCCUCCGGUGCGACCAGAUCCGUGACUAUUGGUGGAGAUGCAGGAGGACCGCACGAGAUGCUUCCCUUGGGCAUGCCUGAUAUUCCGUUCAUGGUGGUACGGACGGUUGGGGAGGAAAACUGGUCUGAGGACGACAUCUUUGACGUGUAG